UCCGCCGACAGACACUCACACCUAGAUGAGAUGGUCUCUGGAUCAAAUUUUGACCUCAGCAAAGCCGAAGAAAUCCCGAGUGAAGAAUUCAUCACAAAAGAGAUAAACACUGAUCAGUACUACCAUCUCGGUCUAGCAUUGGGUUUGUCAUACCAUACACUUGACAGCAUCCAGUUCAGAAGCAGACAGCAUGAGUCUGGGGUUUAUACCCCAAAUCAAAAGGCCGCUAUCUUCAUGAUCCGCUAUUGGAAAUGCUUGCAGCAUUCCGUCUCCUUAGCAGACGAUCAUCUAAGAGAAGUGUGGAAGUCCUUGAGCGAUUCAGAAGAUUCAGCCCCUGUUUCGAAACAACGACGAAGAGCGGAAAAGAAACAUGACACAAAUGUGGAAGACUUCUUCGAAGAAGAAUUCCUUCGUGAAGAACCAAGAGCCAUUCCGACAGUAGGCCGACAUGCGUAUGAGGUGGAGAUUCCAGGAGCAAGGGGGCACUGGGCAGAGAGGCUCCAUCAUAAGCGACCUAACACUCCUAGUGUCAGAAGCGACUCGUUAAGCAGUUUCAGCACGUUGCUGGAGGAGGAGGUGGAGGGUUGCUUUCCGAAACGUUAUGGCGCACACAUUCCCGAUUUAGCUCGUACGCAUAGACGGACUUUCUCAACUUCUAGACACAUACCUGACAGAGUUCAAAGAGGUCUGAGUAUUCACAAGCAUCAUGAAGAUGAAGGAUGA